CUGAAUUAUCGUCAACGUAUUUAUAUAGAAGUGAGUAAAAAAAAGAAAAAAAUCCAAUUUUUAUAAAAGUGCAAUAUAUGAAUUACAUGUGGAUCGAUCAGAAUUAUAAUAAUAAUUACUCUUUCAUUGAUAUACUAGUAUAAUGUACCAGCAAUAUUGUCGAAUACACAAACGAAUAAUUAACCUGACAAGGUUAUAGCCCAGCUGGCAUAUUUAUUUGUCUCAAGUGUUAAGGUUGUACUGCUAGUGAUUCAUCAUAUGUCCAUUUUAUUUAUUUAAUUUAAAUUAUUUAAUUAUGGAGACCAAUCCAGAGGACAAUAAUAUGCUGGUGGAAAAUUCAGAAGUUGAUUUGCAAACAAAACUCGAGAAGGUUCAGUCUGAAAAUACUCAUCUGAGAGAAGAAUUUAAUGUCCAGCGAGCUAAGAUGAAAGAAUUGUUUUUACAAAAAGAAGAGGAACUGAAGAAAAGAUUUAAAGAGAAUCUGGAUCUUCAGGAUGAGUUAUCAAAAUUAAAGAAUGAAUUAGAUGAGGCCAAGAGCCAGCUGGUGGUGGCGAACAUCAGGUUAGAGAAUGACAUUGACGUAGAGACACACAAAGCUCAGGAGGAGAUCGCCUCACUUCAGCAGGUUAUCCAGGACACGAUGGAAGAGUCGGCAUGCACGCGGGAGCAGCUGGAAAUGGAGGUUGGAAAGUUUCGCGCUUACAUUUCAAAACUUGAGGAGGAAAAUUCAUUCCUCAAGGGACAGAUGUCCAGAGAUUUACCGACAGACGGGCCCCAGAUAUCUCUGUCACAUGUUACGAAAACUCUUGCGAGGAAAGUUGUCUCGCAACUGGGGGCUGAUUCGUUGUCUCUGGGUUCGGAUAAUAUUGAAGAAAGUAUGAAGAAGGUUAAAAAAUAUGCGCAAGAAGAUGCUGAAGUACUGAGAUCUCUGGUGGUGCCAUUGGAAGAGGAAAUAAAUGCAUUGAAAGAAAAAUUACGAUCCACUGAUGAUGAAUUACAAAAGUACAAAGAAUUACCACAGGCGCAAUUGCAACCAAAGAAGCUAGAAGGUGACCAGGGUGAAAUAACUUGUGAUAUGUGUGUUAAUUAUGAAGCGCAGUUGGUUAAAAUGCAGACGACAGCCAAGGAAUUGGAAAAACAGUUGGCCGAAUCUGAUAAAAUGCUGCAGUCACAGCGGGAAGAGCUGAUCAAAGAGGUCGAGUUCCGCAAAGGAAUGGAGGAAAAGUGGAACGAGAAGAAGGAAGAGCACAAAAUAAAAGUAACUGAGCUGACCUCGGCUUCCCAGUUGGCGCAGCAGACGUUGCAGGAAUUAAAGCUGCAGUUCAGGCAGAUGCACCAGGGAGUCACUGAGGAACUCGCCAAGCUGACUCGCGGCAGAGAAGAAGUCCAGAGGCAUUUAAUAGAAUUGCAGAGAGAGAACGAGGUACUUGUAGGUAAACAUAGCAAACAUUCCCAGCAACUGCAGAGUGAAAAUAUAAAUAUGCCGAACACUGUCGAAGAAUUGCAUAUGAGUUUACUCCGAGCCCACGAGGAUCUGAUCAUUGCGAGAGUCGCUCAGGAAGUCGCGCAGGAGAAAGAAGCUACGAUGCAGUACGAGCUGAAUCUCCUCAGAGAGCAGAUGAUUGCUGAGAAAGACGAGAAGAUUGAGAGGCUGGAGAGUGCCUUGAAGGAAACUUCCGCCGCGAAAAAAGAAGCUGACGCGACGAUCGUCGAAUUGAGACAGCGGGUGACCAGCUUGCAGCAAGUGUUGGAGACCAGUGGGGAAGUGCAGAAAGAUUUUGUACGAUUGUCUCAAUCGCUUCAGGUGCAAUUAGAAAAAAUACGCGAGUCUGGCAGCGAAGUGAGGUGGCAACACGAAGAAGAUGUUGAUGAAUGUCCAACGUGUCAUACUGUUUUUUCACUUGGAAAGAAAAAAGUGCACUGUCGACACUGCGGUCAUAUAUUUUGCCAAUCAUGUUUAUCACAUGUUGUAAACAGCGGACCGAAACAAAGACCUUCCCGAGUUUGCGGUGUUUGCCACACGCUACUUGUCCCAGAUACCGCGCCAUACUUUAGUCAACAACCUCCGCACACACCAGAUUAAUUAAAUUAUAUUUAUUUUAGGAUUUAUCAAUGAAACUAAUUAAUAAAUAAAUAAAUAAAUAAUAAUUAUUAAAAGAA